AUGAGUUCCCAUACAAACUUCUCCAAACUUUGCGAUAUCAAUGACGCUUCUUACUUGUAUCCUGAAAACGUGUUCGCCAGCAUUGCCAGGGCUGAACCUGAAGACAUUGGCUCCCUAUUUAGUUCCUCGAUGAGUUCUCCAGAAUCUUACUCACCUUGGCUUUUAAGUAGCCUUGCUCCUCUUGAACAGCAAGCAUCUAAUGAAAGCUGAGGUGAAUCCCAAUCCAAUUAUUUCAGUAGAUACCUAAGGAAAAUUGUAAAUGGUCAAGAGUCUGAAUGUGCUUUUGAAGACGAUCUUAAACUUGGUCAAGCAAUUCCAACUCGGAAAAUUUCGAUAAAGGAUCUAACGAGUUCUAACAGAAGAGAUGUUGCAUAUAAAUCAGCGAUCAGACUUCUCAGGAAGUUUUAUAGAGAUCUCUUUAAAACUCAAAAUCCAGAAAUUGUCCAGAAGACCUACCUCAAGUGCACUCUCCAAGAGGUUUAUGAGAGGGUUCAUGCCAUGCUGGCUGAAUUGAUUCCUCUAGAAAGUUUUACUGAAGAUCUCAUUUACUAUACCAUCGGAAUCAUUGGGAUCAAGAAAGCUCCUGAACUGACAUGUCGUUUAGACAUCAAGAAUCAGGUUACUGCCUUCCAAAGAUGCACAAGACAAUUCUCCAGAAUCAGAUUUGAAAAUGCCCUCGAGUCAGAGAACCUGAGAACUCUAGCAUGGUGCUUGAUCCAAGAGCUAAAUGACCCUAGAGUAGAUAUCUUUAUUGAAGAGUUGAGUUAAAUAAUGAUACGGUAUACUAAACCGUAAGGCUGACCUUAAUUCCAGCAUCUCACGAUUAAGUUUUAUUAAACUUC